UUAGCCAGUUAGCUAGUUGGCCAGCUACAGGAGCAAGCAAACAUGGCUUUUUUACAGAAGAAAGGAUUGCAAGACUCUCUGGGGAAGACCCUGUCACCAAGUCGUGCCACUGAAAGAAGGGGGGUCUUGCCGUCGCGCAGCGGGAAGAGGUCUUUAUUGGACGAUGACUUCUUCAGCAAAUUGGCAGAAGAGGCUGAGAAGGAAGACGAGGAGUCUGAUGUAUCUGAGGCGGAUCCCAUGGCUCUGCUGGAGAGCAUGAAGGACACCGACGAUAUGGAUGAGGAUCUCUUUGGGUCAAAGAAGAAGACGAGCUACACUCCAACUCCUACAGUCGCUAAGAGUGCCAGGGAUGGAGAUCCUAAAGAGCAUCCUACCAAAUCAAAAGACCCUUUGAAAGUACCAGAAACAGAUGACGUGCUCCUCGAUCAGAAGAGGCCUAGUUCUCUGGCUGCUGCGACUCGCGGCCAUAGGAAGUCCAACCUGGCAGAUAUGGACGAUCCGUUGGACGACUUGCUGGAUGACCUAGGGACCAUAAAGGAGCCAAAGGACACCAAGAGCACAGUUACAGAGAAGACGGGUCUGUCCACGUCCGAGCCUCAAAAAACUACAAAGAAGGAGGAAAUGGGCAAGGCAACGCCCCCUGCACGAGCCCCAAAAAAGCGGGACGAGUUAACGUUCGACGACGACGAGGAUGACCUGAUGGAUGCGCUGGGCUUCGGGGAGAGCCCCAAAGGGAAGACAGGACUGUUUUCAGGCAAAAGGGAGAGUGAGCCUCCACCAUCAACAACCACCCGGCUGGACGAGAUCCUAGGACGGGGAACCUCCCCGAAACUCCUUGAGCGCCCUCCUACUGGGGAGAAGAAAGACCCGCAGCAGGAAAAGAACCCCAUCACAAAAGAUUCACUCUUCGGUGAGGACGACUUCACAUUCGGCUCAUACCAGCCCAGCAUGGCGUCCCCCCUGGAGGGCCGGCAGUCCCGCAGGCAGUCUGUCAGGUUCUCCACCGAGGAUGCCGGCCAGUCACCAGAGAGGAAACCCCGAUCUGCCCCGCCCUCCACGCCCACCACAGCGCGCCCCAGCAAGCCAGCAGCCGAUUGGCUGGGGCUCAAGCAGGAGGAAGAGGAGGUCAAAUCGGAGGAGCCCUUGCAGGCAAAGGGCAGCCUGAAACCCCCCUCGUCGCCUGGGCCUUCAGCGGAAAGCAGCCGCCCCUUUUCAGGCGGCGGCGCCACGUCGGGCGCAAAGCUCGCCGAGACCACGCCCUCCUCUCCCAAAGCCGUCCAUUCAGCCGCCAAGCCAGAGGGCUCUGCUGGUCAGGGGGAUGACGAUUGGCUGGUCGGGGCACUGACGCGGAAAAAAACUCUAGCUGCGACAAGGUCAGAGGAAAAGAAGCCGCCCACUCCAAAGCAGCGAGAGCUACAGGGGCUCGGAGAGGAAGUGGAUUUGGACUCACUCCUUAGUAAACCUAGCUCACCUGCUCCGAGAAGGAAACUGGAGGAGACACCAGCUCCCAGCAAAGAGCCUCGCAGUUCUCCUUUGCCCUGGGAGACGCCUCGUAGGCAGGCCAAUUCCCCCCACCUCUCUGGCCCAAUGAAAGAGGACCAGCCCAAGCCUGUGCCACUUCAGAGACAAAGGGAGAAGAACACACCUUCUGUCCAGUCUCAGGUAUCCCUUUCUGCAGAUAGCCUUCAACCACUACCAGUGCAGCAACAGCUAGCGCAGUCCCACCACAGGGGACUAGGGGGCACUGUGGAGUUGGGUGCUGUGCUGACGCAGAGGGUGGAGACAGAAGGAAUGGCUUCACAGGCUUACAUCAUCCACCUGGAGGGACAGGCGCGGAGCAUGCAGCUGGAGCGGGACCAGGCUCGUAUGCUGCUGGAGAACAUUCAGCACAGGCACAAACAGGACAUGGAGCUCAUAGAGAGUAAACACAGGACUAGCGUGAAGCUGCUUGAGGAGUCGCUAGCCCAGCGGGAGGCGCGGUGGCUGCAGGAGAAGCAGGACCUCGCGGAGCGUCUGGCCACCGCCACUCGGCUGGCGGAGCAGGAGCGCUCCGAGCUGCAGGCCCAGUACCAGCGCCGGCUCAGCCAGAUCCAGGAGGACAGGGACUCUGAGGUGAAGCGCCUGCAGGAGCUGCAGAGGAAGUCCAUCUUGGAGAUGAAGAAGGACCACGAGGAGCAAGUUCAGAGGCUGAAGCGGCUGAAGGACGAGGAGAUCGAUGCUGUGACCAGCGCUACCUCUCAGACACGGUCCCUGACCGUGGUGAUCGAGCAGAUGGAGCAGUUCUCCCGCAGGCUGGGUGACCUGUCAUCCCGAGUGGAGAGUUCUCAUGAGCACACCGCCCAGGGCUUGGAGCUGGGGGCCCGACAGAGAGACGAGCAGCUCCGAAUCAUGCAGGACCGUCUGAGCCAGCAGGAGAGAGCCAUGGGGGAGGAGCGGUCCCGGCUAAAGGAGGUCAUCACAAAGAUGGAGGCCCAGCUGGCUGAACAGCAGAGACAGCUCGAGAAGGAGCGCUGGAGAGUGUCGGCGGACCAGGCCAAGGCGGAGUCGGCGCAGAGAGCCCUGGAGGAGGAGAGGCGCUCCAUGAUGCAGCACAUCUCCAUAGAGAGGGAGGAGCUGGAGAGGGCUAAGAGCGCGUUGCUGGAGGAGCAGCAGGCCGUGAUGAAGCACUGCGCUGAGGAGAGGAGGAAGCUGACGGCGGAGUGGGCGCAGUUCCACACCCAGGAGAAGCAGCGGCAGGAGUGGGCGGAGCGGGAGGCCCGGCGGGCGUUGGAGAGGGACGCCAGCAGAGAGGGCUCCAUCAUCAGCAUGGCACAGGAGCAGGCGGACCUGAAGCUGCGGGCGGCCGAGCUGAGGCAGCGCGAGGAGGCGGCGGCGCGGGAGAGGGAGGCCCUGCAGCGGCAGGGGGAGGAGCUGGAGCAGGAGAGAGAGCGCGUCAACGCCGCCGCCCUGCGCCUCAAAACCCGCGCCCAGGAGCUGGAGGGCUUCAGCAAGCUGGCGUCGGAGAGGUACGAGGAGGGCGAGCGCGCCCUGCAGGAGGCGCGGAAGCUGGAGACGGAGCACCUCUCCCGGCUGCGCACCAUCCACACACAGAUGGAGCGCCUCCGGGAGCAGGAGCAGCACCUCCACCAGGAGCAAAUGAGAGUGACGGAUCAUCGCAGAGAGGAGGGGCUCCGCCAAGGUGUUCCCUUCACACCCCUGCCUCAGUCUGCUGCACCUGUCCUCCCAGUGUUUGCCAGCACUCCGCUGGUGCCACCCACCAUGGUUCCCCAGCCCGUAAAUCCACUCUCCAGCCCGGGAUCAGCUGAGAUGCAGGCCCGACUGGCACUGCUGCGUCACGCUGCAGAGAAGGACCGUGACUUUCUACAGGAUGAGCAGUUCUUCCUGGAAACAUUGAAGAAGGCACCAUACAACACUACCUUCCACACCUCCUGAUGGGACACACCUGUCUCCCUAUACCUGCAACGAACCCACAAAUUACAGAUGUUAGAAUCUGGCCAAGCAAUCACUUGGAUGAAUUCAUGACUGUCACAUUUGAAUUUGUGUUUUUUUUUUUUUUUUUUUUUAACUUAAAUUUCUUUCAUGGACACUUUGCUUCUUGGACACAGGCUAGUUUAGUGUGUUUCCUUCUGCAAGACUGUUGGAAAUGCUGAGAAGAAUUUAUGGUGGCAUUUCCAUCAUGGGUGACAAGGUACCCUAACCUCCGGGUUUACACAGUUAUAAUGGGUCAAAGUUUGUACAUAUGAACUAUGAAAAAUAGUUAAAUGACCCUUCCUGAACAUACAUCUUUUGUUCCAUAUACAGACAACAUUUAGAAAAGAGCUAACUUGUCCAUUUUCACAAUUGACAUAUUUGCUACAUGUGA